CGUUAGUGUUGACUUGGGAUAAACCUCACUCCAGAACCCUACGCGUCAAAAGUCUAAAUUUUUGCAAGUUUCCCUCCACCACACACCGCUACAUCCGCCAAUUCCUCUUAUUGGAUCUUCAAAAGCUUCAAUUUUCAACUCACCCUCAGGGAGUCGAGGGAUAUCUGCAGCCUGUUCAGUUCGAACACUAGUAGUGUGAUUCUUUGAUUCCUAGGGUUUGAGAGCGAGGGAUUAGGCGAUGUCCGAGAUUGUACUGCGCGACGUCAGUAAUGCUGGAAUCGUUGUCAGCGACCGCAUUGGACGUGAUGUUGGAGCUCAAACAGAUCUUGAGGAGGGUCUGGAAGCUUCAAGAUAUGCAAGCCAUCCGUACACAACUCAUCCCAGAGAGUGGCCUCCAUCAGUGGAAGUUGUUGAUUCAUGGGAAUUGCCUCCUCUACUAAUUGAAAGAUACAAUGCAUCUGGUGGAGAAGGAACUGCAUUAUGUGGGAUUUUCCCAGAGAUACGCAGAGCAUGGGCAUCGGUGGAUGACUCUUUAUUUCUUUGGCGUUUUGAUAAGUGGGAUGGUCAGUGUUCUGAAUAUAGUGUUGAUGAACAAGCUAUAUGUGCAGUUGGCUUAGCAAAAGCCAGACCAGGAAUUUUUGUUGAAGCUAUCCAGUAUCUUCUAGUAUUGGCCACUCCUAUUGAGUUAAAUCUUGUAGGGGUAUGUUGCUCUGGAAGCAAUGAUGGAAUUGAUCCAUAUGUAGAGGUCUCGCUUCAGUCACUCCCAGAAUAUACCAUUGCAUCUGAUGGAGUGACUAUGAGUUGUAUCACUUGCACUAACAGUGGUCAAAUUUUUCUUGCUGGUCGUGAUGGGCAUAUAUAUGGACUGCAAUACACGACAGGGUCAGUGUGGCAGAAGCGUUGUCGUAAAGUUUGCUUAACUGCGGGGCUUGGAAGUGUUAUUUCAAGGUGGGUUGUACCAAAUGUAUUCAAAUUUGGAGCAGUUGAUGCCAUUGUUGAAAUGGUUGUUGAUGACGAGAGGAACAUCUUAUAUGCACGUACUGAAGAGAUGAAACUUCAAAUAUUUUCAGUAUGUCCAAAUGGAGUUGGUCCCCUUAAGAAGGUAGCAGAGGAAAGAAAUUUGAUAAAUCAGAGGGACCCCUAUGUUGGAAGGCAGCAAUCUGCAUCAAGAACUCCUCGAGGCUCUAAAACAUCCAUUGUUGCCAUCUCUCCUUUGUCCAUCUUAGAGUCAAAGUGGCUACAUGUUGUUGCCGUUCUGUCAGACGGCAGAAGACUGUACCUUUCUACAUCAUCUGGUGGUAACAGUAACUCUGCUGAAGGUCUUAGUAAUCAGAAACCGAAUUGUUUGAAAAUUGUAGCUACUAGGCCAGCACCUCCUUUAGGGGCUGGUGGAGGGCUUGGCUUUGGGGCCUUAUCUCUUGCCAGUAGAUCUCAAACUGAGGAUCUAUCACUGAAGAUAGAGUCUGCACAUUACUCUAUUGGGACUCUCGUCCUCUCCGAUUCUUCUCCAUCUACUGCGUCUUCUCUUCUUAUUGUGAACAAAGAUUCUAGUGCACAGUCAGCCUCAAUUAGCUUUGGUUCUGGUGCAAGGGGUUCUCGUGCACUCCGGGAAUCAGUAUCGUCUCUACCAAUUGAAGGAAGAAUGCUGUUUGUGGCAGAUGUUCCACCCCUGCCAGACACAUCCACCACUGUUCAAUCUCUAUAUUUACAAGCAGAGCUUGCUGGUGGAUCUUGCGAAAAGAAUUUUUCCAAAGUUUGGGCUAGGGGCGAUCUUUCGACCCAGCAUAUAUUACCAAGAAGAAGAGUUAUAGUUUUCAGUACCAUGGGCUUGAUGGAAAUAGUAUUUAAUCGGCCAGUUGACUUACUGAGGAGGAUGCUAGAGUCCAACUCUCCUAGAUCACUAUUAGAGGAUUUUUUCAACCGUUUUGGAGCUGGAGAGGCUGCAAGUAUGUCUCUAAUGCUUGCUGCAAAGAUAAUCUACAGUGAUACCCUCAUAAGUAAUACUGUUGCUGAGAGGGCAGCUGAAGCUUUUGAGGAUCCAAGACUUGUUGGGAUACCACAACUAGAAGGCAAUGGUGCAUUCUCAAACACUAGAACUCCAGCUGGGGGAUUUAGCAUGGGCCAGGUUGUUCAAGAGGCCGAACCUAUUUUUUCUGGUGCUUAUGAAGGGCUGUGCUUGACUUCAUCAAGGUUACUGGUACCUUUGUGGGAACUUCCUGUUUUUGUGGCGAAUGGUAAAACGCCUUCCGCAAUGGAACCUAUAAAUGGGUUCAUUGUCUGCCGACUUUCCCCUGGCCCAAUGCAGGUCCUUGAAGACAAGAUCCGUUCUCUAGAGAAGUUCCUCAGGUCUAGGAGGAAUCAGAGGAGAGGGCUCUAUGGUUCUGUUGCUGGUCUGGGCGAUUUAACUGGCUCAAUUUUGAUUGGCAGUGGUGAAGAUCUGGACAUUGGUGAUAGAGGCAUGAUGUGGAAUCUGUUUGGAGCUUAUUCUCGCAAUGCCGAGUCCAGUGAUGCUGGAUUAUCAAAUAAAAGGCAGCGGCUUCCUUAUAGCCCUGCAGAACUUGCUGCCAUGGAGGUGAGAGCAAUGGAAUGUAUAAGGCAGCUGCUCCAUAGAUGCGGUGAAGCUCUAUUUCUACUUCAGCUUCUUUCACAACAUCACUUGACACGCUUAGCUCUCAAUUUUGAUGAUAACAUGAAGCAUGCACUGGUUCAUUUGACUUUCCAUCAGCUAGUCUGCUCUGAAGAGGGUGAUAAACUGGCCACGAGGCUUAUAUCUGCUCUGAUGGAGCAUUAUACUGGUCCUGAUGGUCGGGGAACAGUUGAUGAUAUCAGUGCUAGGUUGCGUGAUGGUUGUCCUAGUUAUUAUAAAGAAUCAGAUUACAAGUUUUUCUUAGCUGUUGAAUGUCUUGAGAGAGCUGCUGCUUCUUCUGUCGCCGCAGAGAGGGAAAACCUUGCCAGAGAAGCCUUUAAUUACCUAAGCAAAGUUCCAGAGUCUGCAGAUUUACGAACUGUAUGCAAACGUUUUGAAGAUUUGAGAUACUAUGAAGCUGUGGUCCGGUUACCUUUACAAAAGGCACAGGCUGUUGACCCUGCUGGUGAUGCGUACAAUGAACAAAGAGACCCUGUGAUUCGAGGGCAUGCACUUAGUCAGCGUGAGCAAUGUUAUGAGAUUGUUGCUAAUGCUUUGCGUGCUUUAAAAGAUGAAGUGUUUCAAAGGGAAUUCGGGUCUCCUAUCAGGCCUGUUGCGCAAUCUGUUCUCGACCAGGCCUCAAGGAAAAAAUAUAUAUGCCAGAUUGUUCAACUUGGUGUUCAAUCUCCUGACAGACUUUUUCACGAGUAUUUGUACCGUAGAUUAAUUGAUUUGGGGCUGGAUGAUGAACUGUUGGAAUAUGGAGGCCCUGAUUUGGUGCCUUUUCUGCAAAGUUCUGGUCGUGAAUCAUUGCAAGAGGCUGCCUCAGUGAUUUUACCAAUGUCUCCUCAGGGGCGCUCAGGAGUAUCUAUACCAUCCAAUCAAACAAAAUAUAUUGAGCUCCUUGCUCGUUAUUAUGUCUUAAAGAAACAACAUAUUCUUGCAGCCCAUGUUUUGGUAAGAUUAGCGGAACGACACGCUUCACAUGCAGGGGAUGUGCCCUCACUUGAACAAAGGCGCCAGUACUUGAGUAAUGCAGUCCUACAAGCCAAGAGCGCCAGUGAAACUAAUGGUCUUAAUGAUUCUGCCCGGAAUGGUCUUGACAAUGGAUUGUUGGAUUUGCUCCAAGGGAAGCUAGCAGUGCUGCAAUUUCAAAUUAAGAUUAAGGAGCAACUGGAUGCUAUGGCUUCCAGAUUGGAAGCCUCUGCGAGUACAUCUGAAGAGGCUCAACCUGUUGAUGACAAUUUUUUACGCUCUUUGAAAGAAAAGAUCAAGGAGUUAUCGUUGGAUUUGAAGAGUAUCACCCAACUGUAUAAUGACUAUGCUAUGCCCUUUGAACUAUGGGAGAUAUGUCUGGAAAUGUUAUACUUUGCAAGCUAUUCUGGUGAAGCUGAUAGUAGCAUUGCACGUGAGACUUGGGCUAGGCUCAUUGAUCAAGCCCUCUCAGGUGGCGGCAUUGCUGAAGCUUGUGCUGUAUUAAAGAGGGUUGGUUCAAACAUAUAUCCUGGAGAUGGAGCUGUGUUACCUCUGGAUACUCUUUGUUUGCACUUAGAAAAGGCUGCACUGGAGCGAGUUGCUAGAGGUGUUGAAACUGCUGGGGAUGAAGAUGUUCCAAGGGCCCUUAUAGCUGCAUGCAAGGGUGCAAUUGAGCCAGUAUUCAAUACAUAUGACCAAUUGUUAUCAAGUGGUGCAAUAUUGUCAACUCCAAAUCUUAGAUUACGUCUUCUUCGGUCAGUACUAGUGGUGCUUCGUGAAUGGACGCUUUCUGUUUUUGCCCAGAGAAUGGAUACAAGUAUAGUCGGGGCUUCUCUAAUUCUUCGUGGAACUUUGUCCUUGGGACAGACUGCGGGUUUUAGUCGAGGUGUACGUGACAAGAUAACAAGUGCAGCAAAUAGGUAUAUGACUGAGGUAAGAAGAUUAUCUCUCCCACAAGUUCAAACAGAAGCUGUCUACCGCGGUUUCCGAGAGCUCGAAGAGUCACUCUUAAAUCCAGCUCCGUUUUAGCGGUUCUGUUAGUUCGUGACAGGUUUCUUUGUAUUCACUUCAUUAAGAUUCUUUUUCUGCACAUCAAUUUGCCUAUACAAGCGUCUUUGGCCUUCUAUAAAAAUCAGAAUCCCCAAUUUUACUUUUACUUGGCUCAACUACUUCAUCUAAAUCUUUCUUCUAAAAACUCCAUCCCUAGGCCCUCCUAUGCUCCGACACCCCCCCACUCAAGCUACUCAAGCUUGAAAGCCUGUUGCCUUUUUAGUGUCUAGUGCAUUGUAGAAUGUUGUUCUUAGUGUAACAAUUUUUUCUAGAAUAUUAAUCUAAAUUUAGCAGUUGAAAUGGAAAUACUGAAUAAUUAGUGCUAUACUCUUGCUUUAUAUUUACUCAUUAGUCAUCACUCUUGAAAAGUGGAAUUGCAGUUGAAUAUUACUGACCCAUUUACCUACCUGGUUAACAUUCCUGAGCUCUAGAAAUGCUGUUACUCUUAGAAUUUACGGGGUAAUAUUGGUCAUCCUUUCCUACCAUAAAAGCCAAUCAUGUUAAUAUACAUUUAUUUGAAUCUAUCUUCACGACAUUGUUUUUUAGUUAUGUGCGAGCAGGAAAGUUCCCCAGUAUAAUGAUGUAUGAUGUGUUAUUACUGUUGUCAUUGCUGUGAUACUGCAAUUUGGGCAUUUUAUUAUGUGUAGGAUACUAGGACUAUAUUAUACAUUGAUAUAUAAAUUUUCUUCUGAUCUGUUAUUUUGUAAACAGUUUUGUAACGUUUUUCUGGACCUUGUUCAUG